CUCGCAGACGCCGGUUUUCAAAGCACGUACACAGCACUUACAAGCCAUACGGAAGAGCCAUAAUAUAUAUAUAUAUAUAUAUAUAUAGAGAGAGAGAGAGAGCAUUACCGUUUCGAAUCAAAAACCGUUUGCCACUACAGUCGCCAGUAUUGUUUGUAUCAUCAAAGUUACAUACACACACACGCAAAAAGCAAAACAUGGAUCACCGAGUGAAAAUCACGAUUUUUUUUUUGGUGCUAAGCGUUUUCGCCCAGUACUCGCAAUGUGCAGAACCCAGCAGCGUGACGGACACUCCGAAAACACCUGUGCAUGUUGAACUUUACUAUGAAGGGCAAUGUCAAAAAAGCCAAAAAUUCAUUGAAGAAGAACUUAUUCCAACGUACAAAACUUUAUCUCAGCAUUUGAACAUUGAACUAAUACCUUUUGCAAAAAGCACAAUCACUCAUAUUAAUGCAACAACAAAUGAAUACAACUUAACUUGUCCACGUGGUGUUUUAGAAUGUGAAAUAGACAAAGUACACGCUUGUGCUAUCAAACAUAUUACUUCGAUUCCUGAUAAGCUUAACUUCCUUAACUGUACUAUGAAACCAUCAAAUGAAGAAAAAUUGCCACCUACUUCAAAGUGCGCAACACAAAUAAAACUACAAGCUGAGAUCAUUACCGCUAUUGAAAAUUGUCUGAAGGUUGAAGUUUUUCAAGAUUUGAAAACUUAUAAUGAAAAGUCUCUAGCGGCUAAGGUGGAAUAUGUACCAACGAUUCUCAUUAACAACACUCCUUUCGAGAAAAAGACAAAUGCAACCACUGGAUACUUGAAGUCAGCUAUAUGUGAAAAUAUCCCGGAGCCAAAACCUAAAGAAUGUACGAGCGAUGCUAGCGGGUCUGAUGCCAUUGUUGCUGGAAUCCUACCGUUACUUAUCGGUGCUUAUUAUUUAAUAAAAACAUUCUAAGUCUCUACAAAAAAAUUAAAAACCAAGAUUUUACAAUAUAAAAACACAUUUGUCAUUAAAUCUGAUCUAUAAGCGCA